CUUCGUCCUGAUAUUCAGAAAGACCCAUUAACCGAGGAAGAGGAGAGACGGCUGGUGGCAUUACAUGAGCUACUCGGGAACCGGUGGUCAGAGAUCGCAAGGUGUAUUCCUGGCCGGUCGGAGAACUUCAUCAAGAACCACUGGAACGCAACCAAAAGGCGGCAGUUCACCAAAAGAAAACCUAAAGAAGGCGGCUCCCUAAUCAAUAACGGGAAUAAAAAGAGACCUAUGGUUCUAGAAAACUAUAUCAAGCGCAAAUACUUCAGUGGUGCCCUCACGCUUGCCCCGCCCAGUUCUGUCCAACAGAACAGCAUUGACGCUCAU